UCCACGCGUGGUGCAUGGGCGGCGAUGCUUCCUUUCCUUCUUCUCCAGAAUCCAGAUUAACAAAUUCACCCUGGUCAUUGAUCGAUUCGUCGGCAGAGGGAAGCGUGCUCCUAUAAAGGCCACAACCUCUUCGCCUCCCCGGCCGGCUUCUCCUUGCCUCAACCGCAAGAAAGCAGCACGCGAUCUCUCGAAUUCUUCGAUUCUUUCUCGAGGGGGUCGUCGUUCCUGUCGCCGGUAAGGUCGGCAGGAAGCGGAGCCAUGCAACGCAGCAACUCGUUCGGCACGUCGUGGGCGGACCAGUGGGACUACGGCGGCGACCCGAGCCCCCGCGCGCGCGGGCGGCAGGACGGCGGCGGCGGCGGCAAGAAGCCUGGCGGGGUGGAGAAGACCAAGGCGGCCGCGGCGACGGGGUUGAGGAAGGUGAAGGAGGGCACGGCCAGCGGGUUCCAGUGGAUCAAGGACAAGUGCCAGAAGAAGGGCGGCGGCGGCGGCAAGAAGCAGGGCGCCCAUGAGGGCUCCGGGAUCGCCGGGUACUAGCAUAUGGCUAGGCUCUGCUUCGGAUAGGAGGCUGUUUGGAUAGGCGGUCUCUGUUUGUUUCGUUCGUUGUUACGUCCAUGUGUAUACAGUUUUGCUGUUGGAUAGUUGGAUGAUGCUAGUGUCUCUUGUCUCUCGACACCUUCGUUCGUGUAGAACUGUAGAUGGAUGUUUGGGUCUCUGCUAUUGAUGAUUGGUUCAUUGUUUUGGAUUCUA